AUGGCAUGUCAUGUAUGCAAGAAAGAUGUAACUUUUGGUUGGCACGUUGGAAAAUUUUGUUACCUUGGUCAUCGGAGAUGGUUGCCAUGGGACCACGAGUGGAGGGAAAAAGAUAAAGAGUUCGACGGGAACAUAGAGCGUCGCCUCAAACCUAGAGAAUGGUCUGGUGAUGAGAUACUGGACCAGCUUAAUCGUUUGGAUUUUGCUCUGUUCGGGAAAACAGUUAGUCGGAUCAGACCUUCUAUACAUAUGAACUGA